AUGAUUAUACAUGGAAAUGUUAUUCUAUCCAAUGGCCAACGUAUCCCAUCGAUUUUGCAAUGUUUCAGUUUUUAUUCAGAUUUACCACCGUUCACACUUAUAAAGUUCUUCGAUGUAUUCAAAUCGUUGCACACUUUGAAUAUUUCGGACGUCGAAUUGGAAACAUUACAGACCACUGUGUUUAAAGAAGCAAGCAAUCUGAGCGACUUGAACGCAUCGCAAAAUCGACUGAAAGAAUUACCGUCUCAUCUAUCCUUGGCAUUUUCGGAUGCAAAAAACAUCGAAUUCUUGGACUUGUCACAAAAUAAUUUAAUCGAAUUAAACGGAUUAUUAUUCACAGAUUUAAUCAAUCUGAAAACGCUAAAUUUAUCACACAAUUCCAUCAAACAAUUUUAUAAUUUCCGUACAGGCAAUUUAUUGACAAUUGAUUUGUCAUACAACCACUUGACCAGUUUGAAUGACGACACAUUUAGACGAACGAUCGAAUUGAAACAUCUGAAUUUAUCAUUCAAUUCAAUUGGUAAUUUGAAAGUCGAAACCUUUGCAUACAUGCCGAAUUUGGAGUAUUUGAAUUUGAGACGAACAAACAUGAGCAGCAUUUGUGGAUUUCGAAAUGUCUUAUUUCCACAGUUAGAACUCCUGGCUAUAAGUGACAAUGCAUUCAUUUGCUCUUAUUUGCAUCAUUUCAUGGCGACCAUCAAUUGGGAGAAACUUCAUCUUCAUCUUGCUCCAUAUUCAGCCAAGACAGGGUUGGAAAACAUCCGAGGAAUUAGUUGCAGUAACAUAUUUUAUGAACCGACCAGCAGUGAAAUUACAAAUGAAAUGCCCAACGAGAACAAAUCUUUGGAGAAUGUUUUGAAAGAAACAUUAUUGAAAUUAAACCCAAAAUCAAAUGACGAUUUAUUUUCGAAAAUUGUAUUAGCAUCGAUGUUGGUGAUCAUAGCCGUAUAUGUUAGUUUAUUUAUAAUUCUUAACCGUGACCGCAUCUGUAAUCAAUUUAAAAGAUCUCAUUCCUCAAAUGAAUGCGAAUUAUCAAUAAGUUAUAAAAAAGAACGAGACGAAACGUUAAUAAAAUGAAGCGACUCA